AUUCGCUCACCGACAGGACGGAUAGAUCACAUACUGUCUGUUCUCCAACUAGAGGGAGCGCGUAGGAAACCGAGAGAGAAGAAUAAGUGAAAGAAAGAGAGAAUAAAGAGGGAGAGGAGAGCGAGAGAAGAAUAAGCGCUCGUGGGAGUGAGGGUAAAAAAAGUGAAAGUGACCAUGACUACCACCAUGCCAGUCUCUGCAUCCCCUCCUGUCCUCUCACCCGACCAAGGAGAACCUUCCUCUGGGGUAAUAAUCUGCUCCGAUCCGUUUUACACCCCCACAACCACCAGCCCUCAUCAAGACUCCCCAUCCCUGCGGCUCACCACCACGGGACUUCUCAACCCCUUCCUAUCGGGCUCAGGAGUCCCAUCCUGCGGCUUGGGAUUCAACAACACCCCGGUGCCUGGAGAUCGAGUCAUUUCCACCACCACUGCGACCACAACCAGUGAGUGCAGAAUGGUGGAUGUACACGGAAUAAAAGUUGCCUCUUUCAGCGUCGGAGGACAGGACGAGUUGAUUUGUCUACCCCAAGUUUUCGAUCUCUUCCUAAAACACCUUGUCGGCGGGCUUCAUACCGUUUACACCAAGCUGAAACGCCUGGAUAUAUGUCCGGUUGUGUGUACGGUGGAGCAGGUACGUGUCCUGCGAGGACUUGGCGCUAUUCAACCGGGAGUAAACCGCUGUAAACUCAUCUCCAGGCGAGAAUUCGAGGCGCUCUACAAUGACUGCACCAAUGCAAG